AUGGCCUCAACGACUCCCUCUGGUCCAUCCACCACCACCAUCGCACUCGCAACCGCUGGCGUACUCGCCGCAGGAGGCCUUGCCUACGCCCUCUACUUCGACCACCGCCGACGCUCCGACCCCGAGUUCCGCAAGCAUUUGAAGCGCCAGCACAAGAAGGUGCAGAAGUCAAACGAGGAAUCAGCAAAGGCCGCCGAGCGUUCGCAGAAGGAGAAGAUCCGCCAGGUCGUGGACGAGGCCAACGAGGAGGGCUUCCCGCGCGACCCAGAGGACACUGAGGCAUACUUUAUGCAGGAGGUGGCACGAGGAGAGGGCAUGUGCACCGAUGGCAGUGACCCUGUGGAUGCGGCGCUGUGCUUUUACAAGGCCUUGAAGGUGUACCCUCAGCCUAGGGAGCUGAUUAGCAUCUACGACAAGACUGUGCCUAAGCCUAUCCUGGACAUCCUCGCCGAGAUGAUCGCCGUCGACCCAAGCAUAUCCGUCACUGGAUCCGCUGGCUCAUCAGACGCUGGCGCGACCGUCGAGUAA